AUGGGUUUGGAACCAGAGAAUCUUGAAUCUUCUAUCCCAGUUCCAAAUGUACAGGAGCUUGUAAGCCAACAGCUUGAGACCGUGCCGUCUAGAUACAUAAGAGAUGACAUGGACACCAUCAUCACCACUGUUCCCUCCGAUCUCUCUCUUCGUGUGCCGUUGAUUGAUAUGACCAAGCUGGUCAAUUCGGAGUCUCAAGAUACAGAGCUUCAAAAGCUUCAUGCUGCAUGCAAGGACUGGGGAAUAUUUCAGUUAAUAAACCAUGGAGUUUCAGAUGAAUCGCUAAGAAACAUGAACAAGCAAACUCAAGAGUUCUUUGACCUUCCUUUAAGAGAGAAGAAACGCUGGGCACAGAAACCAGGAAGCCUGGAAGGCUAUGGUCAAGCAUUUGUAACCUCAGCAGAACAAAAGCUUGAAUGGAAUGACAUGAUUUUCCUCAAAGCUCUUCCCAUUGAAAACAGAACACUUGAACUCUGGCCCGAAAACCCUCCAAAAUUCAGGGAAUCCUUGGACAGGUAUUCUCAAGAUAUGAGGCAAAUUGCAGUUGCCUUGACAAGAUUCAUGGCCAUGGGGCUUGAGAUUGAGAGUCAAGAACUCUAUGAGGCAUUUCAAGGACUUUAUCAAAUAAGGAUGAAUUACUAUCCACCUUGUCCUCAACCUGAAAGAGUUAUGGGGUUAACUCCACAUGUUGACAUCCCUGCAUUUGCUCUCUUGCUUGAUUGUGGCGACAAACCAGGAUUGCAGGUUCUAAAGGAUAGUCAUUGGGUCUUUGUUGAGCCUUUAGAUGGUGCCAUUGUUGUAAACAUGGGCCAGAUCACAGAGAUAAUGAGCAAUGGGCUAUACAAAGCGCCCGAGCAUAGAGCAGUGGUAAACAAAUCAAAGGAGAGACGAUCAGUAGUUACCUUCUGCUAUCCGAACUUGUCUUUCAAAGUUGGUCCUGCAAAAGAGCAAAUAAACUCAGGAAGUCUACCUCUAUACAAGACUGUCACUGUGGAAGAGUAUUUCCAACGCUUCAUUAAUCGAAAACUUGAGGUUCCGUUCAUGGAUACCAUGAAAAUCUAA